CUGACAUUCGCACAUCCGAUUUCGUGCCAAUGCUGCCAUGGCCUCGGAUUCCGGAUCUGACAGUGACCGUGGACAUCCAAAAGGCUCACUCGGCAUGAGAUUGGGAUGCUCACUUGCAGUGAUUGCUCUGGCGACGCUCAUGAUUUGCAAAUGGCAAGGGCCAGCCUUUGCCCGGGCAUCACAGGCGCCCAAUUUGAAAGGCAGCCGCCCGAAGGCUUUCGUGCUUCCGCCGGACCUUGACGCUUUCGUGCCCAGCUCCAUGACGAAGCGGCACUUCUUCCAGGCCGUGGCUGCACAGAUUCUGCUCUUCGGCGGCUUCUCCCCCAGCGCACACGGCUGGGUGCGAGAUGUCCCAGGCCCAAGCACCUUGCUGCAGCGCUUGGAGCGAAUACAGCCCACCUGGAAGUCCGGGCAGGUGGACUAUUCCCUCAGCGCGCGUGGGCCUUUGUCGCUCUUCCACAUUGCCAGUUCAGGCCCAACGACUGUGGAUGCCGGGGAGUCUGUUGCAUCUCUGUCCGCAGCGCUGGCAGCGCAUGGCCUGGACUUGGCUCGCCUGGAGGCCUCGUCGCAGCGCGCGCUGCGCGCGAUGCUCACCUGGCACCUGCCGGCGACGCGAGCGACCGCGCAGCUCAAGACGGCAGUGCUGGCCUUCUCCUUCGACGCCACAAGAAGCUGCCGGAGUUUGCACGACUGCCCCCGGCCGGGGCCCAGCAACGAACUGCUGGCCGCCACCGUGGAGCACUUCGUCGCGGCCGGGGCCUCCGGGGCCUCCGCCGGGGCCGAGGUCUUCGCCCAGUGGGAGAUCGCCGCAGCCCUGCAGUCCAGGCUGCCGCAGCACCAGGUCCACGCGGCAGGGAAGCCGGGGCAGUACAUGAACACCGUGCAGAUCCUGGAGUCCAUGAUGCGUGGCGUGGCCCAAUUCUCGCCGCAAAGGUUGCUGGUGCUGGCGCACCCGGAUCACCUCCGCCGGGCGUAUCUUACGGUGCGGCAUUUCCUGAACACGACAACGCUGGCUGCAAGUGUGCUGCCAGCAAUGGCGCCAUACGGCCUGGAUUGGCCAACGAAUCGGUCUGAGGGGGCUAGCAUCAAUCUCUAUGCUGGUGUUACAGGAACGGUGCACACCGCAGGAAGAACGAUGGCAGAGAGUUGGUAUUCCGAAAACCUGGGCUUUUUCCCGGAUGGCGACCCACAGGCUUGGGUACAUGACCGUGAGGUGUGAGUUUUGUACGACCACUGGGCCAUGUGCAAGGGUGUUGCAACUGGGAUUAUUUGAGGACCAGUCCAUUCCUUCCUGAAGCAACAGUGGGGUGGGCGAGGGUGCUGCCCAGCCUGCAGAGCACGAUGAUUUUAGAUUACGUAAUCGGCGGCUUGACGAAAGGGUCAAAGCUCGUCGGCGGCCCUCAGUCUGCAGAGAAUUCAUCGAUCGAUGCAUGCUGGAAACCAAGGCCAAAGGCGUGAAUGGAGGCACACAACUUGUGUCAAAGAAAAGAACCCCUUUCACCCAAUUAUACGAACUUUUGGACUAAAACCUGUGCAUGUCAGGUUUGUCUGCCGAUUGCACGGAGAA